UCUGUGUGGCCAGGAUGGAGGAAAACGAGCCGCUACCAUGCUGAGACACCACGGAUAACCCGACGGCCGAGCAUCACACCCCGGGACACCCGACAGGACACGAGGCGCCGUUUCGCUCCACGAACCCGCUGCGUCGCUCCACGUACACGUCGCCAAAAUGAUGGAGGAAAUCGACAGGUUCCAAGUGCCUCCAGUGAACGGGGAGACACAGCCACUGGACCCAGCAGCAUCCUCCGCCUCUGAGACGAUGCCUGACACCAAGGGAGAGACUGUGACCAUGAACUACAAACCGUCACCACUGCAAGUCCAGAUAGAGAAACAGAGGGACCUCGCCAGGAAGGGAUCAGUGAAGAAUGGCACCGUGGGAAGUCCUGUCAAUCAACAACCCAAGAAGAAUUCCAGGACAAGGUUGGUGGUGCCCAACAAAGGUUACUCCUCUCUAGACCAGAGCCCGGAUGAGAAGCCCCUGGUAGCACUGGACACUGACAGUGAUGAUGACUUUGACAUGUCCAGAUACUCCUCAUCAGGAUACUCCUCAGCCGAGGUGAGAUGUCUGAGGGACCAGCAGAUCAACCAGGACCUGAACAUCCAGCUCCUGAAGGACGGCUACCGGCUCGAUGAGAUCCCGGACGACGAGGACCUGGAUCUGAUCCCCCCUAAAGCAGUGAACUCCACCUGCAUGUGCUGUCAGGCGGCUCCCUCCACAGCCUGUCAAAUCCAGUAGCACCAUUUCGCCCACCCCCCCCCCCUCCAAAAAAAAAGAUCUCCUGCCUGCCACCUGCACCGAGGCCAGCCACUGAGCAGAGUGACAAACUAUCAGCUUGCAAUGGCACAAAGGGAAAAAAACGAGGGUUUAUAAAUGCUAAAAUAAGAAAAGGAUAUACAGUAGGUGAAGUCUUGAGAAAAAAAUGUACAGUAUCUGUGCACCUUCCUCCUAUGGUUGGAUCUGUGCGUUUCACUUCUGCGUAGUUGCGGGGACUCGACUGAUGGCAGAAACUUUACCUCCAGUGACGACGUUUCACUUUUGCUUCUCCUUUGUUCGACCUCCAUGUCAUGCUUGUGGAUAUUUUCUUUCAUGAGGACGAUGGACAAACAAAAAAAAGAAUGGGAUGACAGGAUCUCUACCAAACGCAUGUAAUGGUGAUGAGGUGUCGUCAUUGGUAGUGCAGCCACCCACGGAAAGUAGUUUGUUUCUGCGUGUGCGACAUUGAUGGUGAGAUUAAUGGACGGGAAGAGAGCGGAUGUUGUGGCCAUUGUUUUGUUCUUUUCACAUCAUUUCUUUUUGCCAGUCUGAUUUGUCUGCCUGUGCAUAUGUGUCAGACCUGAAAUAUUAAAUAUGUUUGUCUGGUUAUGUCCAGGAAAGUUGUGCUAAACCUUUAAGUUACAAACACUUACAAUCACAACAUCCAUCCAUCCAUCAACUAUACUGCUUAUCAUUGAGAGUUAGGGCCUGGUCACACAUUCACGAUUGCAAAGUGAAUAACGCGGUUCACAGUUCACCAAGGUUGAACUUCACAAGAGGCCACACUGCCAUUUGCCUCGGAAGCAGAGGGUCGCCACUGAAACAUUUGUGUAUGUGUGACCGGGCUUUUAGGCUGAGGGUUCUAUCACAGGCCAAACAAGCAUUCGCUCACAGCUACGAGUUGCCAGUUACCUGCAUGUCUUCGGACUGCGGGGAGAAGUCGGUGAAUGCCAAGGCAGGAAUGGGGAGAACGAGCCAUCUCCACACGGCCAGGCCGUGGUCCACCUGGGGUUCAAACCCAGAGCCUUCCUCCGUGUGAUCACCGUGCUGCCCCAUUCACAACAUUGAAAUACUAAUGCCAGAUUUAUUUUUUAAAUAUUUUGAAUGUUUAACCAAGGUCGUACUGCUUAACUGUUCCCUAUUCAGUUCAAAGAAGCUGAAAGCAUAUAGUUUUGCAUGUUGCCUGUUAACACUAUAGUCUAAUAAGCAGCCUGUGCCGAUAAUUCCUCCGUUUUUAUUGACCCCCACACACGUCCUUGUGCUGAUGAGACUUUAUGUGAGGUGCACUUGCUAAUAUUUAGGUUUACCUACUGUAGGAUCAGUAGAUGUAGUGAUUUUAAAGUCCGUGGCAGGAACAGCUCAUGAGUUUGUGUGUACUUGCUGUUGGUUGCCCCGACAUGAGAGGAUGUUUAGAUGUUCGCAGAAGCAGUUGCCACACUAGCGAAUACAAAAUACGUAAGGGAAUCCGUUAACGUAUAAAGGACUUGAGAUAAUGUGCAGAUACACUGAGAGUUGUUGAAAUUUUGAUCAUACAUGAGAAUGUGUACAAAGGGAUUUCAUGUCGCCUGGAUGGAAAUGAAAUGGGAUUUUUUUUUUUGGACACACGAAAAGGGAAUGCGAAAAUCUUUCCUUUCUUUUAAGUUCUGUUUUAAGUGUAUUUGUUUUGUAUGUUUGUACAUUCACGCGUACUCCUCCUCGAGGUCGAAAAAGACAAUUUUUCCGACUCGGGGACAAGAAGUGUAUAUGUAGCACCUGACACAGCUGUGUAUUGUCAAUGCUUUAUGCCAAUGGGUGUUCUCCAUUAUGUUGAAAAGGAAGUAGUCCUUGCUGUAUAGAAGUACUGAAUGCGUACCGUUUUUUCCCAUCAUGUUUACAUCAUUCUGAAGACAUAUCUGGAGCUCUCAGAUCAGUCGGCUGUUCUCGAGUACAUUGCAUGUGAGUCUGCACAGUGGAAGUGGGUUUCCCAAAAUGUUUACAUAUUUUAGUUUUUCUGCUGCAUAAUUCAGCUAUUAAGAUUAAGAUUAAGAUACAUUUAUUUGUCCCAAACACGUGCACAGACAUGCACAGGCACAGGUAGGGAAAUUUAACCUCUGCUUUUGACCCAUCUGGUGAAGGGCACACAGAGCAGUGAGCAGCCAUGUACGGCGCCCGGGGAGCAGAUGUUUGGGGAGUAAGGUGCCUUGCUCAGGGGCACCAGACAGGGUAGGGAGAAUCCUCUUGGAUUUUUUUGGACAGAUCAAUCCAGGUUCGUCUUUUUGUUGUUUCUCCGUGGAGUCGAACCAGAGACGAACCAGAGACCAUUUCUGCCCAUAGUCCAAGUUUCUGCCACUAGUCCACCGCCUCUAUUAUGACCCCUGAACAAAAAACAUGAAAUAAUUUGAGCCCCAACAUUUUAUCUUUUUAUCUUUUAUCCAGCGUUAGUUGAGGCGGGUCACUAGUAGUUGAGCCACUUUGAAAGCUGAUGGCAGCAGAUCUUAAUCGCAGCCCCCACAUCAGCUGUUGGCUCCUUUUCAUUCAAUCGGCAUUGCUCAUGUUGCGCACUCUAUUUAAGACACUUCACAACCUGCCUUUACCCCAGCACCUCCUUUUCAUAUUGAAUCUAACAAAAUCACGUGAUGUGUGGUCAUUGAUGCCUGCUCUGUUGUGGGGGGGAAACCCCAAGCAGACUACAUGCACGCAGUAAAUGCUAACUUUACAUCGGAACACAGAACACAGAACCUUUUUGCUCUGAGGUGCUAACCACCGCACCCCCCGCCAUUUCAAUUCAAAACAAAUUAGUUUUGACAAACAGUGCCCCUGACCAAACUACAGUUGUAGGCAAGUGUGCACUUUACACUGGUCCAAGUUAUUACCUCAAUGGUCCUGUGCAGUGUUUUGUGUUUAUACGUUUACAUGGCAUCUUACAUUGUGUCCGCAUCUACAGCGCAAUCUCAUUUCUAGUAACGUGUUUUGAUAUCUGAUGGUGUUUUUGGGAAACCUCACAUCUUCUCUAACUGAUGCCCUUCUCCAUGUGUUCAACUAUUUUCACGAUUCAUUGAGUGAAGGUUCAGAGUGUGAUGUAUGAACUGACGGAUGUGUGGAAAAGAGAGGAACCGCUGAUAGUGAUUUGAUUUACAAAAGUACACAAACAUCGAUUUUUGUCGUCCUUUCAUACAAGGUGCCAUAUGUGUAGAUAAUGUCAUAAGAACGGUGCAGUAGAUCAGGUGAUGUGUCACCAUCGCCUCCAGCUGAGGUGUGUGUGUUAGAGCAGUGGCUGUAUUCACUACAGUACAAUAUUAACAAUGAUGAGGUACUGACUGUGAUUGAUUAUGGUGCUUCAUUAAUUUUAAUCAUCAACGUCAUUCACUCACACAGGUUGUGUGCACUAUAUUCCUGCCCGGUGUCGUGGCCCUUUUGGGCGCAGCUUCACUAAUCUCCUGAGAUUUGGACACUAAAGUAAUGCAUUGUAACAAGCUAUUUAUUUGCAGUUGCGUGUGUUUUAAUUUAUUUAUCCAUGUAUGGGAAAUAAUCCAUAUACAAACAAAUGCUUUUUAUUUGCCACAUGUUUUAUUAUGAUGACUGUGUACUGGUUCCAUUUAGGUUUUAACAGUGUUCAAAGUUCUGUGUAUAGUGCAACAAAUGACAAAUAAUAAAUAUUAGAUAUCUGAA